AUGGAGGGAAUCUUGGACUUUGACAAGGACCUUGACAUCGGUCUCUUGGACAAUGUCGUAGCCGCCAUGUACACUGGUGCCGGUCAGCAGCAGAGGAUGGCGCAGCAGACGCUUGCUCAGUUUCAAGAACACCCUGAUGCCUGGCAGCGUGUGCCCGUCAUUCUUCAGCAGAGCUCUUCGCCGCAGACCAAAUACAUUUCCUUGCAGAUUCUCGAUAAGCUCAUCUCGACACGGUGGAAGGUGCUCCCCGAGGACCAGCAGCAGGGCAUCCGCAACUUUAUCGUCGAGAUGAUCAUCCAGCAUUCGUCCGACGAGGCCAACCUCAAGCGAGAACGCACUUAUCUCGGCAAGCUCAACACUACCCUUAUCCAGAUUCUCAAACAGGAGUGGCCCCACAACUGGCCCUCGUUUAUCCCCGAGAUCGUCUCCUCUUCCAAGGGCUCCCUCUCCAUCUGCGAAAACAACAUGGCCAUCCUUCGCCUGCUCUCUGAAGAAAUUUUUGACUACUCGGCAGAACAGAUGACCAUCUCCAAGACCAAAUCGCUCAAGAACCAGAUGUGCGGCGAAUUCGGCGAAGUCUUCCAGCUCUGCUCCGAGGUGCUCGAAAAGGCGCAGAAGCCUAGCCUCAUCAAGGCCACCCUCGAGACCAUGCUGCGCUUCCUCAACUGGAUCCCACUUGGCUACAUCUUUGAGACCAACGUCAUCGACAAUCUCAUUGGCCGCUUCCUUGAAGUCGCCGAGUUCCGCAACGUCACGCUCAAGUGUCUCUCCGAGAUCGCCAACCUCAAUGUCGGCGCAGAGUACGACCCCAAGUUUGUCGUUCUCUUUAACAUGGUCAUGACUUCGGUCAACCGCAUGAUCCCGCCCGCCACCAACAUUGCAGCCGCCUACGAGACCAGCGCCGACUCGGAACAGGAGCUUGUGCUCAAUCUCGCGCUUUUCCUCUGCAACUUCCUGACUGCCCACCUCAGAUUAGUCGAAAACCCAGAGAACAAGGACGUUCUUCUCAACGCCCACAUGUAUCUCAUCAAGGUAUCGCAGGUGCCCGAGCGUGAAGUCUUCAAGAUCUGUCUCGAAUACUGGUCCAAGCUCGUCAGCGAGCUCUACGAGGAACAGCAGUCGCAGCCCAUCGCCGAGAUGAACCCGCUUCUCGGUCUGAAUCUCGGCAACGGCGUCUCCAACGCAAGCUCGGCCAAUCUGCGCAAAAACAUCUACGCAGACAUCCUCUCCAACUUGAGGCUCGUCAUGAUCGAGCGCAUGGUCAAGCCCGAGGAGGUGCUCAUCGUCGAAAACGACGAGGGCGAGAUCGUCCGCGAGUUUAUGAAGGAGAGCGACACCAUUGUACUGUACAAGAGCAUGCGCGAGGUGCUCGUCUACCUCACCCAUCUUGACGUGCUCGAUACCGAAAACAUCAUGACUGAAAAGCUUGCUAAGCAGGUCGAUGGCUCCGAAUGGUCGUGGGCCAACCUCAACACGCUCUGCUGGGCCAUCGGUUCCAUCUCGGGCGCCAUGAACGAAGAGACCGAGAAGCGCUUCCUCGUUACCGUCAUCAAGGACCUCCUCGGGCUCUGCGAGAUGAAGCGAGGCAAGGACAACAAGGCUGUCGUCGCUUCCAACAUCAUGUACAUUGUCGGCCAGUAUCCGCGCUUCCUCAAGGCACACUGGAAGUUCCUCAAGACUGUGGUCAACAAGAACUUUGAGUUUAUGCACGAGAGCCAUGAAGGUGUCCAGGACAUGGCAUGCGAUACUUACAUCAAGAUCGCACAAAAGUGUCGUCGCCACUUUGUCAUCCAACAGGCGGGCGAGCAGGAGCCCUUUAUCGACGAGAUCUUGCGCAACUUGCACCGCAUCACGCUGGACCUCUCGCCGUUGCAGGUACACACCUUCUACGAGGCGGUCGGCUACAUGAUCGCGGCACAGCCCAACCGUCCCACGCAGGAGCGUCUUAUCGCCAAGCUAAUGGAGCUGCCCAACAGCGCAUGGGACAACCUUAUGCAGCAGGCGCACAACAACGUCGAUGUGCUCAGCAGUCCCGAGAACAUCAAGAUUCUGUCCAAUGUGCUCAAGACCAACGUCUCUGCCUGCGUCUCCAUAGGCACCUUCUUCCUACCCCAAAUUGGCCGCAUCUACCUCGACAUGCUUGCACUCUACCGCAGCGUCAGUGGCAUCAUCAGCGCCAAGGUCGAAGCUGAAGGCCUGAUCGCUACCAAGACACCCAUGGUACGUGGCCUGCGCACCAUCAAAAAGGAGAUUCUGCGCCUUGUCGAGACAUACGUCAAGCGUGCCGAGGACCUCGAAUCGGUCAACACGAAUCUGAUCCCAUCCUUGCUCGAUGCCAUCCUCGGCGACUACAACCACAACGUACCUGCUGCACGAGACGCCGAGGUGCUCAACGUCAUGGCCACCAUCACGUCGCGCCUGCAAGGCUUGUUGACGGACAAGAUUGCACCCAUCCUCGAUGCUGUGUUUGAGCCCACGCUCAACAUGAUCAACCAGGAUUUCGCCGAGUUUCCUGAGCACCGUGUUGGCUUCUUCAAGCUGCUGCGUGCCAUCAACCUGUACUGCUUCCCCGCGUUGCUCGAGCUGCCCCCACCCAAGUUCAAGUUAACCAUGGACAGCAUCAUCUGGGCCAUCAAGCAUACCAUGCGUGACAUUGCUGACACGGGUCUCAACAUCUGUCUCGAACUUCUCACCAACAUUUCUGGAUCGCCGCUCGAAGUGGCCAACGGCUUCUACCAGCAGUACCUGCUGAACAUUAUCCAGGACAUCUUUUUUGUGCUUACCGACUCGGACCACAAGAGCGGCUUCAAGACGCAGUGCAUUUUGCUGGCACGUAUCUUUGAGCUCAUCGAGACAGACCGGGUUACGGCACCGCUGUGGGAUCCAUCGACGCAGCCGGAUCCUAACAUGAACAACCGGCUCUUCAUCCGACAGUACACGACCAACCUGCUGCGCACUGCCUUCCCGCAUAUGCAGGCUGAGUACGUCGAGUCGUUUGUCAACGGUCUCUGUAUGCACUCGAGCGACCUGAUUGCGUACAAACUGCAUCUGCGUGACUUCCUGAUCACGUCGCGCGAAAUGUUUGGCGGUAACACAGGUGCCUCGGACAACGCGGACCUGUUUGCUGAGGACAGGGAGGCUGAGGCGCAGCGAAAAGCAGCCGCAGAGCGCGAGAAGGCGGCCACCGUACCGGGUAUGCUGAAGCCGUCGCAGAUCAAAGAAGAGGACGAGGAGUUGUGA